AAUUACAUUAGCAAGCGUACGCAGCGCUCACUGAGGCCGUACUUGCUGUCCGUGGUUGAGAAGGUCCGAUUAGAUAAGCUGUGAAGACCUCACUCCACCAACCACAUGCCAAAGUUAUCUAGGGUAGGUAAUUGGGCUUUGCAACAUACCUACAUAUAGCAUAUUUUAACGUGACGCUGUCAUUUUCCGCCUCGACGUGUCCCGGCUCACGUCUCAUUUUUCUCAUUAUUUCCUUCCUCUCCCGGGAACCUCUUCUUCACGAUGCGUGAAAUCAUUACGCUCCAGCUCGGGCAGCUGAGCAACUAUACGGCCACUCACUUUUGGAACACACAGGAAUCGUACUUCACAUACGCGGCAGACGAGCAGUCUCCUAUCGACCACAAUGUUCACUGGCGUGCUGGCAUCGGCGCCGACGGCUCAGAGACGUUUCUGCCUCGGACGGUCAUCUACGACCUCAAAGGCGGCUUUGGCUCCUUGCGCAAAAUCAAUGCCCUCUACGAACCCGAGUCUGAAGCGACCCCCGGAGCCCUGUGGUCCGGACCAUCUGUGGUCCAUAAGCAACAACCCCUUGAGGCCAACGCUUACCAGCAGAGCCUGGAUUCUGGCUCUCAACCCCCCCAGCUGACGACUUCGACGGUGCGUUACUGGUCCGACUUUUCUCGAGUCUACUUCCAUCCCCGGUCCCUGGUCCAGCUCUACGACUUCGAGCUCAACUCCACCACCAUGCCCUUUGAACGCUUCGCCAUGGGAUCGGAGCUCUUCAGCGUGCUGGACAGGGAACAUGAACUUGUGGACCGCGACUGGCGUCCCUUUGCCGAAGAGGCCGACCAAAUGCAGGGCAUCCAGGUCUUCACCUCCAUCGACGAUGCCUGGGGUGGUUUCGCCUCGUCUUACAUAGAGUCUCUGCGUGACGAGUACCCCAAGACGUGUAUCUGGGUCUGGGGUCUCCAAAGUCCCAUGCUGGAUAUACCCAGAUCCAAGCGCCAGCUUCGUCUUGCCAACACUGCUCACAGCAUCGACCAGCUCUGCGCCCAGGCUUCGACGCUUGUUCCGCUGGCACUGCCCGAGGCUGACCUCCCUUCAGGUAUAUCGAUGGACAAACGCUCACAGUGGCACACAUCUGCGGCCAUGGCAACUGCUAUCGAGACUGCUACACUGCAGUCACGCUUGACACAAGAAAGCGGUGGCCAACCAGUUUCGUUGGAUUACAUGGCUGAAUGCCUAAACCCAGCCGGGAACCAGCCCCUCGCCAGCAUGCAGAUGUCCCUCGCAUCAGAUGCAGAUGGUUCGGAUGACAGCCGCAUAGACGUUGACUUCUUCCAAAUUGGCCGCGAUGGCUUUAGUCGAAGGCAAGAUCGCGAUACUCGAAUCUUUGGUCAGGUUCUAUCCUGUCGUGCUCUGGACCCCAAAGGCGAUGCGCAAGAAGACGCGCCGGGCAACCAAGGUCGCCCAGUUAUAGGGAAUCCCGUCGUCCGCAAAUACGAGUCAUCCCUCAGAUUUCCACUACUCGAUAGUUACCCAAGAAUUUACUCUCGUGCUACUGACCAGCAAGAUAUCGCCGUCCUGACGACUUUGUCGAGCAACACCUCGAUGGCACCACGCAUCAAAGUCCUGCGCUCCGAAGCGACACGGCUUGUCGGGGUCGAAGAACGAGAGGGACUCAGUAACGGGUUGGCUGAACUUGCCGAAGCCUACAGGGAGGAUUGGUCUAGCGGCAGCGACGACGACGACGACGAUCUAUGAAUCGAGCCGAACGCGGAAGCAUCGCACUGCCCUCGUAUCACGGAUGGUUGGAUGUAUGGACCCCAGUAGUACAGCUCCUUUGCCGCCCUCACCCCUUUGCACCUCCCGCCGUUGGACAUCAUGUGGUGGCAGUACGGGCAAUCAUGUUUGGCGAGGCUCAUUUGCCCCUGAACUUGUUUUGUAUUGAUCUAGCAAAGCCAACUUCCUAAUUACAAAUACGAAAUAGGGUUGUCGUAGA